GAUAUUUAAGAAAAUCCCUGUCGCUAGCGAUUAUAAAAAUCAGAAAGCAAUAAGUAGUGAAAAAGAAUCAGUGUCGAGUGGUAAUUUUAGUGAAAAUUCAUAAGAAAACUUGUGUUUUUACACAAUAAAAAUAAGAUUGUGCGAUUAAAAAGAAGUCUUCCUCAUAAAUAGUGCUAAACACAGCAGCUUUCAUAAAAAAUAUUUUCAUUAUUAUUCGGCAUCCGCUUAAGCGGUCUAGAAGAAUCUGCACAACAACAAAAUUUAAUUUCUUAGAUAAGAUGAAAUUAAUACUAUCUACACUUUUAUUAGUCGGUUUGGCUACCAUACCGCUGCCGGCAUCCGCUUUGUAUUCGCCAAGCGAUGACGUGGUGGAAUUAACGCCCUCUAACUUCGAUCGUCUCGUCGUCGAUGAUGAUGCCGUUUGGGUUGUUGAAUUCUUUGCACCAUGGUGUGGUCAUUGCAAAUCCCUCGUACCAGAAUAUAAGAAGGCGGCCAAGGCUCUGAAGGGUGUAGUGAAAGUUGGCUCAGUGAACGCUGAUGAACAUCGUUCGCUAGGCGGUCAAUAUGGUGUUAAAGGUUUCCCAACCAUUAAAAUCUUCGGCGCUAAUAAGCGUUCGCCCAUUAGCUACAGCGGCCAACGCACAGCUAAAGCUAUUGCGGAGGCGGCACUAGCUGAAGCCAAAAAGAAGGUGCAAGAUGUUUUAGGUGGCGGCAGUAGCAGCAACAGCGGCAGCAGCAGUGGUGGGGGGUCAGAUGCCGUCAUUGAAUUGACUGAUGACAACUUCGACAAACUGGUUUUGCAAUCCGAUGAUGUGUGGUUGGUUGAAUUCUUUGCACCAUGGUGUGGUCAUUGCCAGAAACUGGCACCUGAAUGGGCUAAAGCUGCUAAGGAGCUGAAGGGCAAAGUUAAAUUGGGCGCAUUGGACGCCACAGCACACCAGAGCAAGGCUUCGGAAUAUGGUAUUCGCGGUUAUCCCACAAUUAAGUUCUUCCCAGCCGGUAAGAAGAGCAGCAGUGAUGCGACAGAAUAUGAUGGCGGUCGCUCUGCUUCCGAUAUUGUCAGCUGGGCGCUUGAAAAACACGUGGACAGCGCACCUGCUCCAGAAUUAUUCGAGAUUUAUGAUGAAAGCUCUUUCGAAAAAGCUUGUGAGGGUAAGCCACUUUGCGUGGUCUCAGUGCUGCCACACAUCCUGGACUGUGAUGCCAAAUGUCGCAACAAAUUCCUCGAUACAUUGCGUGGACUGGGUGAAAAAUACAAGCAGAAAUUAUGGGGAUGGGCCUGGGCUGAAGGUGGUGCACAAAGCAGCUUAGAAGAAUCGUUGGAAAUCGGCGGCUUCGGUUAUCCUGCUAUGGCUGUAGUGAAUUUCAAGAAAAUGAAGUUCUCGGUAUUGAAGGGCUCCUUCUCCAAGGAUGGCAUCAAUGAAUUCCUGCGUGACAUUUCCUAUGGACGAGGUCAUACUGCUCCAGUGCGUGGUGCUAAGAAACCAGAAAUUGUCACUGUACAACCAUGGGAUGGCAAAGAUGGUCAAUUACCAGCUGAGGAAGAAAUCGACUUAUCAGAUGUCGAUUUGGAUGACACCAAAGAUGAGCUUUAAAGUAUCUUUAGUUGAAAUAUUUAAACACCUGCAUAUUCAUGUCAAUAUACACUAAGACUUACCGAAGAAAUAGCAACGUUUUACUAGAAAAGGAAGUAUUGUGAAUGUAAAAAGACAUUUGGGCGAAUCAAAGAUAAAACCACCAAAAAUAAGAAAACAAAAAAAAAAACUAAUUUUUCAGUUCAAGUUCAAACCUUUUUACACACUACCUACUUAAUUAAUCAUUUAUGUGUGACAGUGUUUUUAAUUGUCACGCAUAAAUAAAUUCUUAAAAUAUGCGAUUGCAUUUACCUAUUUACGUGUAUAGUUUAACCACGCAUACCUAUAUGUAUAUAAUAUGUGUAACAAGUGAGUAUGUUGAUAGUACUCAGGUGUUAUGUGUAUUCCUUUGCAUUAUUUGAAAUGUAACUUUUAAUAGGGUUCCGGACAGUCCAAUUUAGUUGUAUUGUAAAUUUAAGAGAUCCCAAUUAUAUAACGGUAAAACUAUUUUACUUAAAUAUAUUUUAGAGCCAACAUUAAUCCAAUAAAAUAAUAGGUAAAUAAAAUUAUAAA